AUGGUGAGAGUAAGUGUCUUGAAUGAUGCUUUGAAGAGCAUGUACAAUGCCGAGAAGAGGGGCAAACGUCAGGUCAUGAUUCGACCUUCCUCAAAGGUCAUCAUCAAGUUUCUUCUGGUGAUGCAGAAGCAUGGAUACAUUGGCGAGUUUGAGUAUGUUGAUGACCACAGGGCUGGAAAAAUUGUGGUAGAAUUGAAUGGAAGACUCAACAAAUGUGGGGUCAUUAGCCCUCGUUUUGAUGUUGGUGUUAAGGAAAUCGAGCCCUGGACUGCUAGACUGCUUCCAUCCAGACAGUUUGGUUACAUUGUCUUGACAACAUCAGCUGGGAUCAUGGAUCAUGAAGAAGCUCGCAGGAAGAAUGUUGGAGGUAAAGUGCUAGGCUUCUUUUAUUAA